UCCAAUGAGAGCAGCGCGAAGUUUGAAAACUUUCCCCACACUUCCGGUCUUAGACCGAGAAGACUCACGAAGUUCCUUCGCGGAGGGGCAGCUGGUGAAGAUCAGGAAUACCAGUGAAGAGGAGGCCAAACGCGUUUUCGACGCCAGCGGCAUCCACUGGAACUCCUCCAAGGCACAGCUUUUGGGCUCCGUCGGGGAGCUGCGCAGCGCCGCGGAGAACUACUACGCCGUCUAUACCCCUGAUCGUUCAGACUGGUGGCGCUGGCCACUCUCCAUGCUCCAGGAGGUAGACGAGGACAGCAUUUGCACAGAUCGUGUCAACUUUCAGCAAGGACAUCUAGUGAAAGUACGAAAGCUAGACCUGGAUGAGGUACAGCGGCUUUGUUCCGUGCCUGAUACGCUUCCAUGGGAGCCCAACCUACAAGAUGAGGUGGAGGGCGUCACGUGGAAGCCCAGCAUGGCGCAGCUGCUGGGCUUUGUGGGCAAGGUCGAGACGCGGCGGAAGGAUAGCUGCCGGGUGAGCUUUGGAGACUCACUCGUGUGGUGGCCUUUGACAAUGCUGGAGGCUCCUUUAUGCCCACAGGGUCAUUUGCUGCGCCUGGCAACGGCAGAAUUCCACAUCUGUAACGGCUGCGGCUGCGGUUUGUCGGACACCUCGGCCCAUUGCGGAGAGUGUCAGCAACACUUCUGCUCGCAUUGUGCGCAGGAGGAAAUUGGAGAGUCAAUUGAAGUUGGCGCCAGGGUCCGGUUUUUGAACAACGCCGCAGAUGUCUGUUGGAAUGACUGCCCCGGAGACAGCUUGCCCUUUUUGCGAGGCGACCUUUGUCGCAUCUCCGAGUUGCAGGGCGCCUGGUUUCGCUCGGGCCAUCUGUGGGCUCCAGUGGCGGCGGUCGAAGCGUAUUCCGCAACGGAGGAUCCCGACGAUCUGAGUCAGUGGAAGGGAGCCGGUACCGAUACCCAUGAAGUGGACUAUGGGGCAGAGGAAUGGGCGAGCACCAGCACCGAUUUGAAGGAGAUUCCAACUCCCAUGUUUUCGCUGGUGGCACGCGAAAGACUUUUGCUGUGCGAAUCGUGCUGGAGCAGCGUUCCUCCGCACGACACGAUGAGUUGUGCCAUGUGCCACGGCACCACGAGCCUUCGUCCUUCGUAUCGAGAACGAUGGCAGAGUCAGUUUGGUGGUGCACCAGGCCUAGAGAUUUGCCCCAAGGAGGCGUGGUCUGGACAGGAAGCUCAACACUCAGGGCAAUCCAUUCUGCGAAAGCAAAUGGCUGCCAUGGUGGAGGAAUUGACUCGGCAGAGGGCAGAAAUUCAACAACUCAGAUGGGAGAAGGAAGAACUACGAAGAGAACUGGAGCAGAGAGCCACUUGAACAGUGGGUUUGUCUAUCG